AUGGAUAGUCCUCAAUCAGAGAUAAUCAACCCAUUACCACCAAUUUUGUGUAACAAUCCGCGACAAAAAGUCGAUCCUGAAAAGAUAUCUCUUAGAAAAAUAUGCAAAGAAAAAAACGAGGUACCCCAAACACUAGAAACCGGUGUCAAAGUGAAACCAAAUGAACCAGUGCCUUUAUAUCCAUUAGACAUAAAUUGUCUGCCAGACCACUUAUGCCUUGAAGUGGAUGAGGAAGCAGUGAUCUGUAAGUUACGGUUACAGAACCCUGGAGACCGUACCAUAUAUAUCAAGUGCUGUGGAUUUUGGGAUGAAGCAGGACGGUUAGGUGCAAGCUGGUGGUGUUACCCCCACACAAGAUUUCGUCUAGCCCCAGGUUUAACCUGCUUAUUAUAUAUCAAAGCCACACCGAAGGUCGAUCCUCCUAUACCGUAUGCGAAUGUCAGUCUUCAACUAGCAUCAGCUCAUUUAAGAGAUGACUUCGUUGCCAUUUACAUGAUUCCAAUAUUUGUAAAAUUCUCACAAUACGUUGCACCGUGCCUUAUGGCAGAAGGAUAA